GCAGGUCGACAGGCCGGCAGUUGGGAUGCAUUGGGACGUGAUUGCAGUGCACCGCACCGGUGUUCCACUGCAUUGUUGUCUGGGUGUACUGGUAGUGCCCCUACCCCUCCCGUUCGGACCGGCGCGCCACUCAGCACCGGCCGACGGUGCAGCGGCGGCGUCAGCACGGCCCGGCCGGCCGGCCGGCUGCUCGCUCAGUUCCGCCGCGAGCACGUAACGCGAGCCGUCCCCGUGUGGGGUGGCGGUCCGCGGCCCGGCGACGCCUCCCGCGCGACGACGGCACCGGGUGUGCGGCGUGCGCUCCCCAGCCCCCAGUGUCGCUGGAGCGGCAGUGUUGUCCGGGUGCAGGCACGCGACUGCAAGGCUCGUGACGGUGUGGUGAGGGACGGCUGAGCGGCGAACACAGCGUGGACCAGCUACAGUUGCGGAGAGGAGCGCGCCGCGCGGUGCCGGCCAGUGCCAGCUCGGUGCUCGGUCGAGAGUAGAAGGGCCUCGUCGCUCUCCGCGUCUCCGCCGACCGGGGGCACCGGCAGCCCCGCCGGCGGCCGCGGCUUUCGCUCGCUGCCGCUGCAAUUACGUCUGGGGGCUGCCACGUCAGCUGGCCUGCAGUGAAGACGUACGGCCGGUGGGUGACCGGCGGGCCGCCGAGUGUUGACACCAGAGGGUGACGCGCGUCUGACACGAGCGGCGCCGUCCAACCUCCACUGCCGGAGUCAAGUGCUCCACUACUUUGAAGGGACCAACUCUGUAAGGCUUAACAAGACCCAACUGUUUCAAGAUGAGGACAAACUGGAGCAAUAAGAUCGAGUUUGUGUUGGCGUGCCUGGGCUACGCCGUGGGUCUGGGCAAUCUGUGGCGCUUUCCGUACAUGUGCUACAACUCCGGCGGAGGUGCGUUUCUGAUUCCGUACUACAUCAUGAUGUUCGUGUGCAGCAUUCCGCUGCUGCUGAUGGAGCUGGCCGUGGGUCAGUUCACUCAGCGCGGCCCCGUCGGAGCCAUGGCGCGACUCUGCCCGCUCUUCAAAGGCGCCGGGCUGGCCACGGUGGUGAUCUCGUUCCUGUUCUGCUCCUACUACAACGUGGUCAUCGCCUGGGCGCUCUACUACAUGUUCGCCUCGUUCCAAAGCCAGAUUCCGUGGGCGAGCUGCAACAACACGUGGAACACGGCCACGUGCCACGACGCGUCGGCGGCGGACGUCACGCUGGCCAAGAACGUCACCACGCCAUCCGAGGAGUACUUCUACCACAAUGUUCUUCAGAUCACGGGGGGAAUAGAAGAGAUCGGCUCAAUGCGAUGGCCAAUCUUCCUCACACUCCUGCUGGCCUGGAUACUGGUGUAUUUCUCCCUCUGGAAAUCCGUCAAGUCGUCGGGCAAAGUGGUCUACUUCACGGUCAUCACGCCGUACGUGCUGAUCGCCGUGUUCCUGUGGCGGGCGCUCACCCUGGAGGGGGCCUACGACGGACUGCGCUUCCUCUUCCAGCCCCGGUGGGAACUGCUCAAAGAUGCCAAGGUGUGGGUGAACGCGGCCGCGCAGAACUUCAACUCGGUCGGCAUCGCCUUCGGAUCGAUGAUAGCGUUCGCCAGCUACAACAAGGUCAACAACCGGUCCAUUAUGUUGGACACCAUGGUGAUCUGCUGUCUGAACUCGGCCACCAGCAUCUUGGCCGGCAUCAUCGUCUUCGCCACGCUGGGAAACAUCGCCCAUGAGCUGCAGAGCAAAAUCGAGGACGUCGUCACUGCCGGUCCCGGGCUGGUGUUUGUGAUCUAUCCGAAGGCGCUGGCCGGCAUGCCCGUCCCUCAGCUGUGGGCUUUCCUCUUCUUCUUCAUGCUGCUCUGCUUGGGUUUGGACAGCCAGUUUGCGACGCUGGAAGUGGUGAUCACCACGCUUCAGGACGCGUACGGCAAGUGGAUCAAAGCCUAUCUGAAGCGUCACGAGGUGCUGGUGCUGCUCAUGUGUUUCGUCUCGUUCGUGCUCGGUCUACCUCAUGUGAUGCAGGGAGGCAUGUUCGUCUUUCAGCUGAUGGACUACUACGUGGCCGGCAUAUCGCUCAUGUUCCUGGCGUUCUUCGAGGUGAUCGCCGUCACGUGGGUGUACGGCACGGAGCGGCUGAGCCGGGACUACGCGGCCAUGACCGGCGCCCGGCCGCUCGUCUACUUCCAGGUGUGCUGGAGGUUCCUGGCGCCGUUCCUCAUACUGGCGAUCUGGAUCUUCAGUCUGAUCGACUACGAGCGGCCCAGCUACGACGGCUACCACUACCCGGAGUGGGGCAUCCGGCUGGGCUGGUUCCUGGCCUCGCUCUCUAUCCUGCCGAUACCGUUGUGCGCCGUGGUCGCGCUGUGCCAGGCCACCGGCAGCACCCCGUGGCAGCGCCUGAUGAACGCAAUACAGCCGGACCCGACGCUGUACACAAAGCCGGACCCGGAGUACUUCAACGAAGGGCUCGAGCUGGAGUCGGGAGCGGCGAGUAAAGCCGACCUGGUGACGGUCGCGUCCACAAGGGGCGACGGCUUCCCCUCAGCGCCGCCCACUGCCGUGUGACCUGACCCGACCCGACCCGAACCGGCAACGAGCUGCGAACCACUCGCUGGUCGUAGCUGGCACUGGGACAGAUAACACAGAGAAGGCAAACGUCCGCGGAACCAUGCCGGGUGAUUUGAAAAGCAUAAACGCUAAAAGAGGCUGAGCAAUAGAGCUGAUACAUAACUUAACCAUUUUUCAUUAACAGGUGGAUCUACCUUGUGUUUUACCUGGAGAACUCAAUUGCGCGUUGUACUUAGCAAUCAUUCGUUCCCGCAUAGAACAGGUCUUUAUUACAAUCAUUACAAGGGCUAGGACAGAGAUGACGUCAAUCGUUCUUCUCUCCACUGUGGAGUGGACCAAUCUCAGCGGCGUGUCAGAAAAAUGGGAGGUGACUGGAUCGCCUGUGUGUCGCGGUGACUGGCGUGUAAGCAGGAGUUCGUCGGUGCUGUACCACCACAGACAGGUCAUAUGUCGGCGGUCAUAUGCUGAGUGUUCCACGGACAGCGGUUGGGUCGGUGCGCACGGCCGCCGAACAGCAGCUCGCUGCCAGUCCCGCGCGGUCCGUGUCGGUAAAGCCGUCCCUCGUGUGUUUGGAUGCCAGUUUUGUCUACGCGUGGCUGUGGCGUGGACAUGUGCAAUGUUCUACUGCGUACGAGUUAAAUGUGUGAGUGUGUGUGGUCCACUGAGAGUGUUUUACACGUCCAGAAUAAUUGUAUACUUCGUAUCCCAGUUUGUACGUCACAUUUACGCCAGGAUGUUCGAGAGCAUACAAUAGAAAAGUAUGCGCCUCUGCCUAACUGGAGGAAACAAAGGGGGGCCCAACGUUAUGCAGGUGCCUUGGAUAGCCGCCUAAAUAAACAACUAGAGCAGUGCAA